CACCUCCACUCCUAACACGCGAUCCAUCCUAAGCACAGCAAUCCACACAGCACAUGCAGGUGUCACGCAUGCAUAUCACUCGCUACAAUCAGAAAGCAUGGGUCAAACGGCCUCCACUAAGCGACCCCAGGUCUCCCUAGAGCAACUGAGCCACACGCUCGCCCAAACCUUUGCGCAAAAAUGUUACACCCCGCUCGAACUCUACUGCUUCAAUUCCGUCUUCCGCUCCCUGGCGGACUCGGAAUCGGGCCUCCGAUACUGGUCCGAGGCCACGCUAUGCCGGUUCCUCGAGCUGCCGGACGCGCUGGGCGUGGGGCCCGUCGUCUUCCAGAUGGCGAGUUAUCUCGGCGCGUUUCCGUUUCCGAGCCAGGCGCCUGCGAUUCUGACGGGCGAGGCGUUGCUCAAGGUGGUUACGGUUUUGACGGAGAGGUAUGGGGUUGUGGUGAAGAGGGCGGGGAGGGAGAUGUGGGUGAGGGAGAUUUAUAGGAGUUUGGCGGUUUUUGAUCGCGGGGUGCAGAGGGGUUUGGAUGAGGCUAGGGGUGGGAAUGCUGCGAUUGGGCAUGGAGGGUUUGCUGUGGAUAUGCCCGAGGAUGAUGACCCCGGGGGUGGGCAUGAAGAGGAUGAUGAAGAGUUGGUGCUGGCGGCUCUGGAGUCGAUGGAUGCGAUUGAGGUGUUCAAACAUGGUGAACAGAAGCAGACCAGCAUCCAUCGGCACAUCAUUCCCACGGACAACCUGCUGAAACUCAUUGAGCUGCUCCUUCUCAUCGCUCCCAUCGAUCCAUUGCAGAGUGUCUCGGAACUGGCUUCGGACCUCUCCGAUGAGCGGAUUGAGGAAUUGAGGCAAGUAGCCGGCUAUAUCAUGUCCUCGUUCGGGGUGAUCGAUACCCCUGGCGUCAUCUAUCGGACGUUCGUUACCGUCGUAUCCUCCUCGCUGCCGUAUAUGUUCAACCCACUGCGUCCUCUCUUCGAACACUUCCUCUUCACAAAGGACUUCAACGCCAACCGCACGCCUGACCCUGUAUCUCCGAGCGUGGAAACGCAUCCCGUGAUAUCGCCCCCGAAAGUCGUCACAGACCCGGAACCUAUCCUUCGAGAACCAGGAGAAAUCCUGACCGUCACCGUCCUCAACCAGCUCUCCUUCUUCAUCAAAGGAAGCAGCCUCUUCCGCCGCCUCCGCCCGCUCUACAACGCGAACAAGCACGGCUUCAGCAUGGGUUCCUUCUCCAAACAAGUCUUCCACUGGGACGCCCCCUCCAUCCUCCUCGUCUCGGGCCGCCUCUCCCCAGACUCCCCGUCCACCGCCCACGAACGCACUCUCUCAGACCUCCUGCCCCCUAAACGCCUUCCCAGCAGCAUCCCGGAGUCGCUCUCCUCGACCACUCGCCUCAUCUUCGGCGCCUACAUCCCCCUCCCCUGGAAACAAACGCACAAAUCCUGCUUCUCCGACCCCUCGACCCUCCUCUUCCAGCUCUCACCCGUCCACGACGUCUUCCCCGCCUCCACCCUCGCCACCGACCACGUCUACUUCAACAAACCCCCGACCAACCCCGCGGGAAUCGGCUUCGGCACCCCAAUCCCCCGCCAAUCCGCCUCCUACACGCACACGCACAACAUCAUGCACCCGGGCCCCGUCUCGCUGCAUCUCGACGACGGCCUCGAAUUCGGCGUCUUCACGCACCAUGCCGAGGGCGGCGGAUCGUUCCGCGCCUCGCAGCUUCCGGGCCGCAGGGGCAGGGAUUGGCAGGACCGGUUCGAGGUGGAGAGUCUCGAGGUGUGGGGGUGUGGCGGCGAGGAUGUGGCCGAGGGGCAGAGGAGGGAGUGGGCGUUCCAGGAGCGCGAGGCCGAGGCGAGGAGGAGGGUGAAUUUGGGGACCCAGGAUCGCGAGGCGGAUAGGGAGUUGUUGCGCUUGGCGGGGUUGGUGGGCGGGGAGAUGAGUGGUGGGAGUGUGUAGUGUUGGAGGUUGGGAACGAUGGUGGAUGAAGAAUGAGGAUGGUGUAUGCUUGGAGUUUUUCCUGUGAUUGAAUUUUUGGUUGUUGGGUGCAGUCUACCUCUCCUCUUUCUCCCCUCCUGAGUUAUGAGCGUCACGAAAUCUAUGAUAUAAUGGAAUGGGUCGGGCGUUCACGGAAAUGACUUGUGUAUGCGUUUCUUGCCAAUGGUUGCCAAUGGAAACAUUGGACAAAAUACACCCAGUCUUUCUAUCAUCAUAGCGGAAGUUCUUCUUUCAUUCCACGGCAGUGAAUGAUACACACAGAUCCAUUCCGCCAUUUCUGGAAAAAA